GAACCUCAUCUCGACCUCCAACCGCCAAAAGACUUCCUCCGAAGAUGUCCUUUUGGACUUUGUCGCGCAUUGCGAUGAACUGAAAGAUAUAAACCGGCCCCGAUGACCCCUUCAUCUUCCUGAUCGAAUAGCCCCAUUCAACACGAUGUCCACUUCCACGCUCGCGCACCUACGCGCCGCGAACAUCCCUUGGCUCCAGCACAUCACAGUCUUAGCAUCGACCUUCUACUUCUUCGCCUUCUCCGAAGUUCGCACGUUUCUCAUUCUGUACGGACUUACAGCCUUCCUCUUCGAUACAGAAGCCCUCCUCGCAGCCCUCCAAGACCCUACCGAACCACCUCUGAUCCCACACCCCUACCUCCCAUUUCUCGGACACGUAAUUGGCAUGUUUUGGUAUGGCGCCUCCUACUUCGCGCGCGUAAACGCAAAGACGCAAUAUCCCAUCUUCACACUGCAAACACUUACCGCGCGCACAAUCGCCGUGAUCGACCCCGUCCUCGCCGCGCCAAUCCAAAGAGCAAGCAAGAAUCUCAGUUUCUACGGCAUGAUCUUGGAAGUGACGAAAAGGCUAGUCGACUUCGAUGAGCAGAGUAUGGAAAUCAUCCGCUUCAAUCUCGACGGCGAACACGGCUCCAGCGAAGGCCUCAUGAACGAAUCGCAGGAAAUGAUCGCUUCUGAGCUCUCUCCUGGACGUGGUCUGAAUCAACUUUCUACCACCCAACUCGACAAAUUCAGCGAGCUGUUGAGCGACCUCGUUCGCGGUACGUCCACCUUGGAGAUCUCCCUCAUGGACUUCGUAAAACGCAUCUUCACCAUCGCGAAUGCGUACACCAUCUACGGCCCACAGAACCCCUUCGCCAUGCACCCGGAGCUCGUGCAUAAAUUCUGGGACUACGAGAGCGGCAUGAUCGCGGUGAUGGCGAAUGUGUUCCCUUUCAUCACAGCGCGGAAACCCUGGCUCGCGAGGAAAGCGAUCAACGAGGCGUUGCAGGAGUUUGUAGAGAAGGGGUAUUACCGAACCGCAAGCACGAUGAUUCAAAAGCGCGUGCAGAUCAACUUGAAGCAUGGACUGACGACUAAGAUGGCGGGAAGAGCGGAGUUGAUACUGCUGUUUGGAGUGAUUGGGAAUGCGGUGCCGACGACGUUUUGGUUCCUGGCGAACGUGUUCGGAAGACCUGCGCUGCUUCAGAAGAUUAGGAUCGAGACGAGCCAGGCCAUAUCAUCGACGCGCAGUAGGGACGGCAAAGUGAAAGAAAAGAUCAUCAACGUAACCGACUUAAAGACCAAGUGUCCGCUCCUUGUCUCUACGUACCGCGAAACGCUGCGCACGAUAGCGAACUUAGCUUCGGUACGCUUGGUAACGAAUACACACUCCGUCAGCGCGCCGGGCCAUCCACCCUACCUGUUAAAGAAAGGCUCUAUGAUCCAGAUCGCCAGCGGCGUAAUCCACGGCUCCGAAUCCGUCUGGGGCGCCGACGCCAACUCCUUUAACCCCACGCGCUUCAUCUCCUCUACCACAUCUUCAGAGCAAUUCUCCUCCGAGACUGGAGCUAGCAUCAGCGCCGAGCGCACUGCGACCGCGCUCCCGAAGAACGUGCCCAGCGCCGCGUACCGCGCGUUUGGCGGAGGGAGUGUAAUCUGUCCGGGACGGCAUUUCGCGCAGAGCGAAAUCCUAGGAUUCGUAGCACUAUGCGUGCAGAUGCUCGAUAUUGAGGAUGUGAAGGGUGGGACCUUCGAUGUGCCAGAGAGGGAUGACCAAAGGAUACCGUUGAGUGUUAUGAAGCCCGUGAAAGAGCCUCAAGUAGUGGUGAAGCGGAGGAAGGGCGAGGAGGAUGUAAUUUGGAGGCUGGAGCUGUGAGGCGUAGCGACAGGAAAUAAAUUAGAGCCUGGAGAAAACGGCGAAUACCCAUAAGAGAAAGAAGAUCGCACGAGCGGGUCGCUGUUGGAUUGCAUACCCCGAAGUCCUCCCAGGAAACUUGCACACUUUUUGCCCGUGCUGCACCUCAUCCAUCCUAGCAAUAACACCAUAUAUCUAGCAUCCUUUCUUAUCCCACAACCCACAGUCUAAUUGCUUGUCACGAAAAUUCAUU